GGGUUACUCUCGUCUUUGCUUCGGCUCUCUUUUUAGGGUUUUUGAGCACUUACAGAGUUCGGAGCGGGCACGAUUCUUCUGUCUCGCAAGGGAUUCACACUGCAGAGGAUGUGCGGAAUUGCUCUCAUUCUUUCGGGAGUUGAUGUCGUGGGUUGUGAUCUCUAUAGGGAAUCCGACGGACCUCCAUCGACCGACGCGGAAGAGCCAGCUCUAGUAGUGGGCGAUCUCAAAGAUGCUAUUGGAAGAAGAGGUCCUGAUAGCCUUGGUGUUAGAAAGGUUUUUGUUCAGUUAAAACAGACAGACUCUGUUGGGAAAGAUGAUGAUAAAGAAUAUACAGAGGAAGAUUUACAUAUAUGUUAUGAGGAAAAUGCGAACAAUAACAUCAGUUCAAUAUUCAAAGUUGCCAAUGUACAAGAUAAUAUCAUAAACAGAUGGAUCGCAGAACUAUAUUUUCUUGGUGCAACGCUGCAGCUUAGGGGUGCAAGUCCUAUUUUUCAGCCACUGGUGGAUUCUUCUGGAAAUAUUCUUGUUUAUAAUGGUGAAAUAUUUGGUGGAAUUCAUGUUAGUGAUGAUAAGAAUGAUGCUGAAACUCUUUUGCAUGUAUUGGAAAGUUGUUGCUACUGCAAUGGCAACGAAAAUGGAAAUGUUUGCUAUUGCACUAAACUUGGGGCACAGUUCAUUCCUGAAAUUAUUUCAAAAAUAAAGGGGCCAUGGGCCCUAAUAUAUUGGCAGAAAAAAUCGGGAACCUUGUGGUUUGGUCGAGAUGCAUUUGGAAGACGGAGCCUUCUUGUUCAUUGGCCAACAAUGGGUGAUGCAAGAUUUGUUCUUUCUUCUGUAUCACCAGCUUUAACUAUUGGGAAAAUUUCUGAUACUGAAGUUGAAUGUUCAAGUAGUAACAUUUGUUACUGGGAGGAGCUUCCUUGUGGGAUAUACAGCCUUUGCCUAAAGGCUCCUAAUGCAAGUGAGCAGCUUGUAAAGCAAAAACUGGUUGGUGAGAUCAGAAAACACAAAUGGACUGAUCCUUUGUUAAAUAGGCUAGUUGAAUGGGAAAGAACAUGUUUGGAUCCAAAAGUAGAUCCAUUCUUUUCUAACGAUCUUCAACUUCAAAGAGAUCAACUUGCUUUGUCUUCAAAUUCUCCCAAGGGAGUGCACAAGGCAGUUGCAAGAAUGGAACUGGAAGAGCACGGAUCAGAUAUUCAUAAUCAUAUCCCAGGAGAUGCUCGGCCAGCAGUGAAGGUCCUCAAUGCACUAAAAGAAUCUGUGAUGCGGCGUACUGUGAGCAGGAUCUUUCAGACACCUCGACAUGAAGACGAAAUGGAUGAUCACUCUCCUAUAGCUAUUCUCUUUUCUGGUGGGCUGGAUUCUAUGAUACUUGCAGCAAUAUUAGAUCAAUGCAUCGAUUCCAAAUAUACAAUUGAUCUGCUAAAUGUUAGUUUCGAUGGUCAACUUGCUCCUGACAGAGUUUCUGCUAGAGCUGGGGUAGCUGAACUUCAAACUGUUGCUCCUCAUAGAAGGUGGCGGCUUGUGGAGAUUGAUGCUGUUUUAUCCAAUUUGGCAUGGGAAGCAAAGCAUUUGUUAGCAUUGAUACAACCUGCAAAGACCUAUAUGGAUCUGAACAUUGGCAUAGCAUUGUGGUUGGCUGCUGGUGGUGAUGGCUGGGUUGAUGGGGGUCUUUGUAAAUUACAUAAUAACCACCAGCGGUAUAGAUAUAAGUCAACUUCCCGGAUUCUUUUAGUUGGUUCUGGUGCUGAUGAGCAAUGUGCAGGAUAUGGCAGGCACAGGACGAAGUAUAGGCUUGGAGGUUGGGUUUCACUCCAUGAGGAAAUGAGAUUAGAUGUGCAGAGAAUUUGGAAAAGAAAUAUGGGUAGAGAUGACCGAUGCAUUUCUGAUCAUGGCAAGGAGGCUAGAUUCCCAUUUCUUGAUGAGGAUGUUAUUAAAACUUUACUGGAUUUCCCUCUAUGGGAGAUUGCCGAACUUGAUAAACCAGCUGGAAUAGGUGACAAGAAGAUCCUUAGAGAGGUUUCAUGGUUGCUUGGAUUAAAACAAGCUGCUGAAAUGCCAAAGCGGGCUAUCCAGUUUGGUUCAAGAAUUGCAAGAGAAUCAAAUCGAAAGAACUUUGGAAGCAACCGUGCAGCCAACCAAGCGUCUGCAGGAAGUGUCGAGAUUCAUCAUUCUCUAAGCUAACACCAGUGGGAGCUGAGAUUGUCCGAGUCCUAUCUCCAUCACUAAUUCCUUGGGCUAAAGGAUAUAUUAAUGGCUUGACUUGUUCUGUCCUUAUCGGCAGUUCAGGAUAUAUAUUAAUGGUAGACUUUUUCUGACCUCUGCAUCUCUAAUGAAUGCAUGUAUCUCAGUUAUUCAUGACGGCUGAUUGUACCAGAGACCAGCUGUGCGUU